GCAGUGACGUCGCGGCCCGCCCUCUUUUCGCCUUGUUUGGCUGUUCGAUGCGGAGGCCGGUGUUCGGAACCGAGCCGCCCAGCGACGCCGAGAAACGCUCCGGGUCCGCGGGAUUGCCACAGGUUAUGAGCCUCCAUGAAUACGAGGAAACGCCACGGCUCCCGAAACACUGAGGAAGGCGUUUACCUGGGGCCGUCCCAGACGCAGGCUUUCUCUCCGCUUGGGGCCCCUCCUGCGGCGACCGCUGCUGCUGCCCCCAUCAACCCUCCCCAGCCACAGUGGGACGCCAUGUCGUGCCAGGACCGCACGCACGAGUUCCGCUCGGCCUGCAAGUCCUUGCAAAGCAGAGAAAAUGGGCUUCACAUCAACAAGCCGGCGCAGAGCGGAGCCAUCCGGCAAAGAAGUGAAUUUACUCUCAUGGCUAAGCGCAUCGGGAAGGAUCUGAGCAACACUUUUGCCAAGCUAGAAAAACUAACCAUUUUGGCCAAACGGAAAUCGCUCUUCGACGACAAGGCGGUGGAGAUAGAGGAGCUGACUUACAUCAUCAAACAGGACAUCAACAGCCUGAACAAACAGAUCGCACAACUCCAGGAGUUUGUCAAAGCCAAAGGAAGCUUGACCGGCAGACAUGUGCAAACACACUCCAAUACGGUGGUGGUAUCUCUGCAGUCGAAGCUGGCUUCCAUGUCCAACGAUUUCAAGUCCGUUUUGGAGGUGCGGACGGAGAAUCUUAAGCAGCAGAAAAGCCGGCGAGAACAAUUCUCCCGUCCCCCAGUGACCACCUCUGCAAACAACCUCGGGGGUUCCAGCGUGCUUCAGGACGAACGCCGGUACUCGGGAGAUGUGGCCAUUGACAUGGACAAUCGGACGAGUCAGCAGUUGCAACUCAUCAAUGAACAGGAUUCAUACAUCCAGAGCCGGGCGGACACUAUGCAGAACAUCGAAUCGACUAUCGUAGAGCUGGGCUCCAUAUUUCAGCAACUGGCGCAUAUGGUCAAAGAACAGGAGGAGACGAUCCAGAGAAUCGACGCCAACGUGGAGGACACCGAGCUCAACGUGGAAGGCGCCCACAUGGAGAUCUUGAAGUACUUCCAGUCGGUUUCUUCCAACCGGUGGCUGAUGGUGAAGAUUUUCCUCAUCCUGAUCGUCUUCUUCAUCAUCUUCGUGGUCUUCUUCGCCUGACGGAGGAAGGGGGCUUGCUCGACCUCCCGUCCCCUUCCUCGUCGCCCUUCCUGAGCCGUGACGAACACUGGACACUGCCACGUUUUUGCAAAGCUAGUCGGCAAAGAGCGGGGGGGGGAGGUGGGGGGGGUGCAGGGCCGCGCCGCGCCUCGAACCCCGCGCCGAAGACUCUUCCGCACCGCCUUGCCCUUCGCUGCGGUUCCUUCGGCCGAAACACAAGGCUGCCCCCUUAUUGGGGAGCACAAGAGCAUUAUGGGGUGGCCUCGCGGCAGGAAACCCCCCCCCUCGUCGAAUGGGACUCAACCCAGGGAGCGUGUGUCAGUGCCGCGUUGCUCAACCAGGCCCGUUUUUUAAGAUGGGUGGGCUUCAACUCCCAGAAUUCCCAGAGCCAGCGCACUUUAAGUGGGGGUGGGCUUCUAAGUCCCAUGUUGGCUGGGGUGAAUUCUGGGAGUUGAAGUCCACCCGUCUUCAAGCUGGCCAGGUUGAGCAACAGUGAGGUAGUGGGACCAGUAUCUUCCUUCCUUCCUUCCUUCCUUCCUUUUUUUUUUGUGUGUGUGUGUAUAUUUUCCCAACCUCGGCUGUGCUAACCGCAACCCUCUUUAUUUUUAUUUUUUAUUUUUUAAAAGAAAGAUGAGUAUUUCAGAACGGGAUCCAAACUUCCACGCCUUCCUCCUUGGUUCCCAGCGACGAGAGAGGAUCCAGGAGGAUGGCCACACCCAGAAGGCUGGAUUCUCUCCCUCUUUUUAACGUAUUUAAGUUGUCUUCUUUCUUCCUUUUUUUCCUUUUCUUCUUCUUCUUCUUCUUUUCCGGGACUAGUUCUUCCCUACCAGGCCCUUUUGCCCAGCUGCUCUCUCCCUCUGAAGACAACCGUCCCCUCCCCACUCAGUAGGCAGGUUUUUGUAGCACGUUUUGAGCCUUGCUGACCAAGUGUGUCUUCUCUAAGCUAAACUGGAAUGGCAGAUCCGUUUCUCGCUCAUCGUUGGGAAGGAGCCCCAGUUCUUUGACCGGUUGACAGGUUUUCCUUCUCCUCCUUUUCUCCUUUCCUCUUCCCUUCUUCUCCUGCUCCCCGUCCCCUUCUCCUCUUCUCUUCUUCCUUCUUUUCUCCUCCUCCUCCUUCUCUGUUUGUUCCCUUCUCCUUUUCUCCUCCAUCUCUUCCUCCUUUUUCUCCUUUCCUCCUCCUCCCCUCCUCCAUCUCUUCUUCCCUUCUCCUCUUCCUCCUUUCCUCCUUUUUUUCUCCUCCUCCUUCUCUUCUUCCUUUCUUCCUCCUCUCCUCCUCCCCUUCUCCAUCUCUUCUUCCCUUCUCCUCUUCCUCCUUUCCUCCUUUUUUUCUCCUCCUCCUUCUCUUCUUCCUUUCUUCCUCCUCUCCUCCUCCCCUUCUCCAUCUCUUCUUUCCUUCUCCCCUUCCUCCUUUUCUCCUCCUUCCUUCCUCCCCUUCUCCAUCUCUUCUCCUCUUUCUCCUCCUCUCCUCCCCCGCAUCCCCAAGCAGAUUUGCUCUCUGUUGCAGGAGCAAAGAAUCUGUACAACUCAAAGUUACGAAAGUCUGUAAUACGGCUGUAAUUUUCAGCCCUGGCUGAUCACAAAAAGUUCUGGGCGUUUUGAGUUCAGCCACCUUUAGACCAGGUGAGAUUUUUCUGCCUCCCCGUCCCAGUACUGCUGUUCCAUUUUCCGGUUCAUUUGGGCUUCAACGGUUAACCUUCCCCUCUCAAGAAGGGAGCAGAGAAAGCAUUCCUGCUUCCCCCCCCCCAAAACUUAAUUUUUACACUACUGGAGAUUAAUAAAACGUAUUCUUUAAUCUCCUUCCUUAUUAUUAUUAUUAUUAUUUUAAAGCCUACGCUGGAGCCAAUGUCGUCUCCCUCUUGGCCUAGUUAUGGUGGCUGAACUGUGACUUCCUUUCCCUCUUUUUCUUUUUUUUCCUUUUCUUAAAUUAGGGAGCUGGGGUUUUCUUCCUCCCCUCCACCCACUUCGCAACUUUGCCCUUAAUGUCCCACUCUUGGUAUCUUCUUCCAUUCUUCAAAAACUUCUUGCUCCUUCUGAAAAAGACUGUGCCAGUACCAAGGGAGCGAUUUCUCCGCUGCGGCUGAGUGGUGGUGGUGGUGGUGGGGGGGGAAAUCAGCUGUUUCUAAUCUGAAUUCCAGCACCAAGCGAUCCCCAGCUCUUCCUUGUGCUCUGAAAACUAUUAAACGGAAAAAAAAAAUCUACUUUAAAACCAA